GCGAUUCAAAGCGUGAUUUGAAGUAAUUAUGUUCGUUUCAAUAAAGCCCCAGGAGAAUGCUUCUUGCCGUAGCUAAUGGUCCACUACAGUGUCGUAUAUUUUACGAAUGUCUGUAGGCACGGAUGAAAGCCGACUGUUGAUCGGGAAUUAUAUGUGAAACCUUGUGAUGUUGCAGUUACUGAAGCGAAGAGCCGCGAUAUUCUCAGGAUUACUCUCAUUUAUAGUAGGUUGUACAGUUACGCUUAGUUUAUUAAAUUUAGACAGUUGCACGGAGAAGAUAAAUUUGAGGUCCGGACAAAAUAAUGAUCCCAUACUAGGAAAAGCUACACGUAAUCACAGCAUUCUUAUUAUCCUAAUUCUAACCUCUCCUGCUAAUGUAAACAGAAGAGAGAUAAUUCGUGGAACAUGGCUUUCUCUAUGGAAGAACAGUUCUGUUGUACAGUACCAUUUUGUUGUGGGGGGUGGUGGCUUUAAGGAAGAGAUCCAUUCAUUUAUUGCGGAAGAACAGUCUGUUCAUCAUGAUUUGAUAGUGUUGCCACAUGUUUAUGAUGACUAUAAAAGCUUGACCAAGAAAGUGCUUGAAGCAUUUGUAUGGAUUGAUAAGGCAGUUAAUCACUUUAAGUAUUUGUUAAAAUGUGACGAUGAUUCAUUUGUUCAAGUUGAUAAAGUUUUAUCAGAAUUGCAAACAUUAAAGUUGGCAAAGGAGCAUUCCCUUUACUGGGGAUUCUUUAAUGGGCGAGCACAAGUGAAAGUAAGUGGCAAAUGGAAAGAAUCUGAUUGGGUUUUGUGUGAUUACUAUCUCCCAUAUGCUUUGGGAGGUGGAUAUGUGCUGUCUCAGAAAUUGAUACACUUUAUAGCUGUCAAUGCCAAGUUCCUAAGGUUGUAUAACAGUGAAGAUGUGUCAGUUGGGGUAUGGCUGUCAGCAGUAGCAAAUGUCACCAGGCUUCAUGAUCCACGCUUUGACACUGAAUUUAUGUCACGUGGUUGUUCGAACACCUAUCUCGUGACACACAAACAUGAUGCAACAACUAUGAGGAAAAUGUUUGUCACAUUAAAAGAGUCUGGAAGGUUGUGUGAUGUAGAAUACAGAACAAGAGAUUCAUACAUGUACAAUUGGAAUGUUCCACCAUCAAAAUGUUGCAUCAGAAAUGACUCGAGCAUUCCAUAAACAUGAGCAUCAGUGAGUGAACAUUGUGAUUCUUCUUUAUAUUGUUUGUUCCAAGUGGGCAUUGGUUUUGUACCGUGUGUCAUUUUUUUCCUUAUAACUCAUUAUAUUACUUAAAAUCAUUUGUAAAAAUAUAUUGAAACACUUUCCUUUCUCAGUGCAGUAUCAUGUUUGAUGAGUUACUGCUUGACAUAAAAUCACUGUAAAUUUGAAAUAUGUUAGGUUCUGUGACAGUCUUCUGUUCACCACACUAGACAUAAAGUUUCUGAGAAUCACCUUUGCUUUGGGUUGAAAAUAACUUACUAAAGAGGAAAAUGUUACAUGUUGAUUUCCCUUCCCCAUAAAGGAACUGCUAAAAUUGGUCCUUUCAUGAAGUACUCCUUGUAACUAGUCAUACUCGUAUGAAGGGACCUAUAACAAAAAUGUUCCAUUUCAGUAGAUGGAUCCUGUUUAUGAAUGUCCCAUAUCUGUAAUAUUAUAUACCAUGGGGAUAACUAAGAAAAGAAUUCCCUAUACAGAAGUGGCAGCCUUCAGAGAAAAUUCCUUGAACAAUACAAUAAAUAGAUUUUAAAGGGUCCUGAUGAUGAUGUAUAACACUUCAUGAUUACUAAGUUUUUGGACUUGUCCAUAAUCCAGUAUCUAAAGAAUGCAACGUUUCAGGAACUGGAUGUUUCCAGAACACUGUAUUCUUUACUUUUCUUCACAAUACCCAAAAAAUGGUUAAAGUAAAAAAAUCCGGUAAUCCCAACUACAAUAAAUCUUGGUGCUUCAAAGUUCCAUUUUCCUGCCUUACUCGUAGUAUGGCCUUAAAUUAAACUCUUAUUCUAGCAACAACUGUAUUUAGCAGUAAGCUUAUUGUGGUCAAAGACAAAUCAAAGUGCUGCUGUUGCAGGUAGAGUGCCCUUUGUACUGUUCAUUUCAGCUCCAGAUACUGAAGCUUACCUGGGAGUCACUGUCAUAAUCACCACUACCACUGUCUUCCCAUUUACCGUCAUUAUAUGCAUUGUCAGCAUUGAUAUUUGGGGCUCAGACCCCAUAUUAGACCAUAAGACAUGAUUUUUUCAUUGGUUCUGUCAUCCAGUUCACUUCUUGUACAAAGUAACUCAUAUAAUGAUUCUACUACGAUAGGGUACUUUAGAAUGCACGACUGUAAAACAGCAGUUGGAGUGGGGAUACGUUUAAGAGCACAAGUGUAUAUAUGCACAUGUUCAGUUUGUACACUACAGAACAUCUAGAGUGAGGAAUGCAGUGCAACCAACUCUAUGCUGCUCAAGAGUGACAUUUGCUGGCUUUAUAAAUUUCAAACAAAUUUACAAAAGGAUCUGAAUUAUGAAGAAGACAUUACUUAAUACACAAAAGCUCAGGAUAAACUGAUGCAUCCCAUUUCCUUUACAUGGGUUUUAGAAAUUUUACAUAAUGAUGCAGCUGUGUUACAGAUAUGACAGACAGACACACACACAUACUAAACCAACACCAUGAAAACAUACAAAUCAGUUGAGCAUAUAAUAAUAAUAAUAUGACAUCCAUAAGCAUUGCAUUAAACAACAUGCGAAACACCGACACCACAAGAGGAAAAUAGAGUGAGAAAACAAGUAAUGUGCUCAAAUAGCUUUUAUGAAUGGAUGACAACAAAUGGAACAACACUGACAUAUUUUACUUUGGAACUAAUUCAAUUUAAGUAGAGUGAAAAUACAGUGUAAUGGUUUUGACAAAAUUAACUCUUAUCUGAUGAUGGCCAGGUACAGCCAAAACAUGUAACAGAGAAAGUUACAUUUGAAAUGUGUGUAAGUGAAAUUCAAUGUCACAGAAUGCUGUAAUACAAUAUUACAGAUGUGUUAAUUUUCUUGAUAAUGUCUGAUAUGGUUCAUUUUCACAUCAGCAGAUGCAUCAAUGAACAAAAUUUAUAUAUAGGUAUUGGUAUCUCAUUGUAUUAUAAAAUGAAGGCGAGGGAGCUGUGAGCACAACAAUGAAGUAAAUUACAUUUUAAUAAAAUCAUUUAAAGUCAAUAAAAAUACCAAUGGUUUAAUCAUGUUUAUUGUCUCGUUUGACACUACAUGUUUCAGUUAUUUGUGUUGCUGUUGUGUCAGUGGCCCCCAUACAAAAAAUUCUAAUACUGGGCUCAAAAGUAUCCUUUGCAGCAGCAUGAACAGCCUCUACAAAGCAGUAAAGUAACCGUUUGAUCUGGGGCAAUCAGACCUUACUUCUCUGAAGAGAACAGACAGGUCAUUAGAGAAAAUUCCGAUUCUUAUGUGAACUGGGGGAAAACUUUAACUAAUGAACCAUACAAUUAGAAAUAAACAAUACAUGGUUCUAAGAAGAUGGCAGCACAGCACACAUGGCGUGACAGAUGUUUCUAGGAUACUUCAUUUGAAGAUCUGAAGACAUCAGUUGGCCAGCAACAUCUCCCAGUUUAAUAGCCCCUGAUGUUUUUCUUUGGCACUGUCUCAAAUCUCCUGUGUUUACUAUAAGUCAUCCUCAAACAAUCAAAGAGCUCAAACAAUUAAACCAUGGAAGAAAUAACAACAAAUGGUGGUUGUGGCACUAAGUGAUGCAGAAAUACAAGAAAAGGUGGCAACAGUGUUUAACCUGUAAUGGAGGGCAUUUAGAGUGAAAUGUUUUGAAGACAAACCGUGGACAAUAAACUGCAUUCUUUUAACUUGUUACAAUGUUUAAACUGUAAGGGACAUAUGGAGCAGACUUCUUAAAUAAACUAUGGAGAAUAAACUGCAUUUAAUUUACCAUUUAUUAACAAUGCUGAAACUGUAACAGUGGGCAUUUAGAGCAGAUUGUUUUUAAAAAAUAAACUACAGAAAAUAGAGAACAUUAAUUUUACCUUGUUUGUUUUCUGUGUUAUUGUUACAGUUUUUUACACAAUCUCCUACACUCUCUUCUAGAACACUUAUCCCAGUGGUAGAUCCGUAUAUCAUAAUAUCACUUCACAAAUGUUGGCUGUGUAAUCAUCUUUCAUCACAACAUUAGCCACUAAGUAACAUACACAGAUUUUAAUAUUCUAAUGUCACACAGUGGCAAACUACAUUAUGAAAGGUGGCUGGGAAUACUGAACAGUACUUCAGAAAGAAAAUCAAAGAUCUGUCAUAAUUCAGGAUCAUAAAAUCCUCCUCAUUUAUGAAAAUCUUUACAAUGUCUGAGGAAUUUGCAGAGUCCUCCAGUACUGAAAAAUCUUUCCAUUUUGACACAACUGGAUUAAUAUAAAGUAUUAUUAUUCAUGGUACAUACUUAUGCACAAUUAAUCCCUAAUUAAAAUCCAUGCAAGAGUGUCCAUCUUCAGAAAUUCCCCAUCUCUUUUAAGGUUCACAACUGUGUUCACAACAGCCUGACAUUGGACAUGUCUUCAAAUAAUUCAGCUGAGUCCAGACCAUCACAUCAUAUUUCAUUAAUGCUAACCUCCCAGUUAUGUCUGUCUCCCAAACAGCCUCUCUUUUUCAAGGUUAGCUGACCAAAUUCUGUAUGAGUUUCUCAUUCCUUCCAUGUGUGCUUUUAAGAAGUAAAUUUAAAAAAGUAUUUAACUUACAUCUGACAUAAGGUGUACAUAAACAACUGAAUGUACUUUAUAUUAAAUAAAUGCAGUUAGAAUUAAAACUAAACAUUCCUGCAGAUGUUUGUUUCAACAGUCACAUGAAGCAUCAUGACAGGAACACUGUCCGUGUUCUCAGACUUGGCCACAGGACUGCACACAAGAAGUAUGGCAGUGUGUGCCACUACACUAUGAAAAGAUGAGAUGAUGACACACUAUAACCAAGACCCUGUUGUAAUCUGUAUGCACCCUAUAAUCAUUAUCUCAGCGGACUUGACCAAAUCCACUGUGCAUUCUGCUGAAAUCAGCAAGGUUUAAACUCACAGACAGUAUAUUUAUUGUAAUUAGUUCACAAAAGGUCUCACAUAUGGAUGCAGCCAUUCAGAAACUCAAUGAACAAACCUAAGGAACAGAAAACCUUGGAUAAUGAAUGCAAACCUCAGUUUGUUAUACUGCAACCUGUAUGGUGAUUUAGAUUACUACAUUCUGUUUCCCAAGUAUGUGCUGUAAAGUAUAUAACAUCUGUUUACGCUGUCUGUGAAGAAAUUUCCUACUUCAUGGUAUGUUCACUCAUUUCUGUUAUCAUAUUCACUGCCUGGAAUGGCAGUUUCAGCCAAGUUAAUGUUUAUUCUGAAAUGAUAUUAAUAAAUAA